AUGGUCUACUGGAACUCAGCUGAAGUAGGAUGGGCAGUCUUUGGAGGCUUCCUCAUCUCACUCUCAACCACACUUAACUUGAGAUACUACGGUAAAGUUACUGGCCUCAGUGGUUACUUUAACACUGUUGUUAAGGGUGAUACUAGCCAAGAAUUCUAAAGAAAGUUUAGUUUUCUCGCUGGUCUCAUCUUCCUUCCAGUUCUCAUGAGAUUUAUCUUCGGGUAUUAUAUCAUUUACUCUAACAACUACGUUCAAUAUCUAUUCGAUCCAGAAGUAUUGAGUGUUGCCCUCGUUGAUAACUGGGGAUUUACCAUCGGUGGAUUCUUGGUUGGAUUUGGUACCAAGAUGGCUAAUGGUUGUACUAGCGGACAUGGUGUCUGUGGACUCCCAAGACUCUCAUUCAGAUCUAUCACUGCUACUGUAGUCUUCCUCUUGACAGCAGUUAUUAUUGCUACUUUCAGAUCAUACAACCCCUUCUUCUAUAAUGGUGCUGCUUGGAGCUAGGGUUUCCUCAAUGCUCUUUACUGGGUUGGUCUUGUACUUUUCAUUAUUGAUUAACUUGCAGUUGUUGCUCUCGCAGUAACUAAGCCAAACUUUAGAACUGCUCUUACUGAAGUCUUCCAAAGCUAUUUCUUCGGAAACCUCUUUGGACUUGGACUUGUUUUGAGCGGCAUGUGCAGACAAAGUAAAGUUAUAGGAUUUUUGAUUUGGAGAUCAACCUGGGAUCCAACUCUUCUUUUUGUUCUUCUAUCAGCCGUCCUUUUCAAUGCAAUUGGAUUUAGACUUGUUCUAUCAAGAGGAGCUCCAGUUAACAAUGAUAACUUUGACCUUCCUGACGCCACUGCUAACCCAGACUGGAGACUCGUUGGAGGAGCUGUUAUCUUCGGACUCGGUUGGGGAAUUACUGGUCUCUGCCCAGGACCCGCUCUUAUCUCACUCUUCGCUCUAUCCCACGUAUUCAUGUUCCUCAUCAUGGUUGCUUUUGGUCAAGUUUUCUUCGAGCAAACUCACAAGUUCUAUGUUUCAAGAAAGAACCAAAACCACACCAUUCAAGACAAGCUUCUCGACCAAUGA